AUGGGUCUUGCACAAGACUCGAGUCCGAGUAUAAGCAGCCGCGUAAACAUAACCGAGCAGCAGGUCAGCGUCGAGGACGAGGAGCCGGCCAGUGUCGCGGACGAGCAGCAGGCAAGGGACAAGAACGAGCAGCAGGUCAUUGUCGAGGACGAGGAACAGGCCAGUGUCGAGCAAGAGCAGCAGGCCAGUGACGACGACGAGCAGCAGGCCCGUGCCGAGGCCGAGCAGCAGCCCAGUGUCGAGGACUUAUUACGCGACACUGGCCUGCUUCUCGUCCUCGACACUCGCCUGCUGCGCGUCCUCGACACUGGUCUGUCGCUCGUCCUCGAUACUGUCCUGCUGCUCGGCCUCGGCACGGGCCUGCUGCUCGUCUUCGACACUCGCCUGCUGCUCGUCCGCGCCACUGACCUGCUGCUUUAUACGAUCGAGGACGAGCAGAAGGUCAGUGUCGAGGGCGAGCGGCAGGCCAUGGUCGUGGACGAGCAGCAGGUCAGUGUCGAGGACGAGCAGCAUGCCAGUGUCGAGGACGAGCAGCAGGUCAGUGUCGAGGACGAGGAGCAUGACAGUGUCGAGGACGAGGAGCAGGUCAGUGUCGAGGACGAGCAGCAGGUCAGUGUCGAGGACGAGGAGCAGGCCAGUGUCGAGGACGAGGAGCAGGUCGAACUCGGGCCGAGGGCGAGAGAGGUGGCAGAGGAAAAGGACAUGCAGGCCGAGUGCUCCCGGCGUUUGACCUUGACGAAAAUAUCCCCUAUUAGGGAGCAGGAGAUAGUCGGGGACGAGGAGCAGGCUAGGGUCGAGGACGAGGAGCAUGACAGUGUCGAGGACAAGAAGCAGGCCAGAGUCGAGGACGAGGAGCAGGCCAGUGUCGGGGGCGAGGAGAAGGCCUGUGUCGAGGACGAGCAACAGACCAGUGUCGAGGACGUCACAUAA